AUGGAAGCUACAAGCAGCCUUCUGUUGGUUGGAAUUGCCGUGACCUUGGGAUCAUUGCUGGUUUUCCAACAGUGGAGGCGCAAGAGGUCAGCGGUUCCUCUUCCUCCUGGGCCUCGCCCACUGCCGCUGCUUGGGAACAUGUUUGAUCUGCCGACCGGCAAAAUCCCAGAAUAUGAGCAUUGGUCGAAGCACAGAGAGAACUAUGGCCCGGUCAGUUCUGUGACUGUGUUGGGGCAAUGCAUUGUCAUCCUCAAUGACAAACAGAUCGCUGUCGACAUAUUGGAUAAGAAGUCUCUCAAAACAUCUUCCAGACCGUGGCUUGAGUUCGCUUUUGGAUUAUGCGGCUUCGGAAACUACACAAGUUCAAUUCCAUACAAUGAAACCUUCCGAGUUGAUCGAAAGCUCAUGCACCAACAUGUGGGCACAAAAACCACAGUUGAGGGAUUCCGAGAGGCCCAACAAUUUGAAGUCUUACGAAUGCUUCGACUUAUAUUGGAUGAACCCAGCAAGUUGCUAGACCACCUAGAGCUUGCAACCGGCGCAUCGAUCAUUAAGGUGACGUACGGAUAUUCUAUUGAUACGACUCGUCGCGACCCAGUUCUGGACCUUGUUACUCGCAUGAUGGUGAUCUUCAACAAGGUAGCAGCAUCUGGGGUCUGGCUAGUUGAUAUCGUGCCUGGUCUGAAAUACCUACCCAGCUGGUUUCCCGGGGCUGGGUUCAAGCGAGCGGCUCGCAUUUGGAGACGUGAGGUUUUGGCAGCCGCGGAGAAGCCGUUCCAGUUCGUACAACGGCAGAUGGAAGACAACCGGCACAGGAAAUCGUAUGUUUCCAACGCAUUAGAGAACGCGAAAGACCCGGACGAUUCUGCAUUUCAAUCUAGAGUCAAGUUCUCGGCCGCAUCAUUAUAUGGAGGUGGUUCAGAUACCACAGUCGCGACUUUGAGCUUCUUUUACCUCGCUAUGAUCCUGUAUCCGGAGGUACUUCGAAAAGCGCAUGAAGAGAUUGAAAGAGUGGUCGGCUCAGACAGGCUUCCGAGCUUUGAUGACCGCCCCAGGUUGCCUUACGUGGAGGGCAUCGUCAAAGAGAUGUAUCGGUGGCAGGCAGUCGUUCCAUUGAGCCUGCCGCAUCGAAGCGAUGAAGAUUUGAUAUACAUGGGAUACCUGAUCCCAAAAGGAGCUCUUAUACAGACUAACCUUCGCUUGUUCGCCCAGGACACGAGCGUUUACCACGACCCUACACAUUUUAAGCCGGAGAGGUAUGACGCCCCGUACAAUGAGCCCGACCCGAAAGAAUUCGUUUUUGGUUUCGGGCGGAGGAUUUGCCCUGGAAAGAACUUUGCCGAUUCUUUUCUCUUCCUUGCCAUUGUACAGAGCCUAGCUACGUUCAAAAUCAGCAAGGAAGUCGAUUCGGAAGGGCAUGAGGUUGAACCGCCGCUCAACAUUCUCCCAGGCGUCAUCUCCCGCCCGGCUGAAUUUCCGUUUCGCAUCAGUCCCAGGACUGAGAAGUGCAGGGAGCUAAUCAUGGCUGGUGGAAAGACGGAGGCUUUUGAUGGGAGCGAUGCUGAGCUGUUCGAACAUUAUGGGCUGGUUUCCGAGAGCUCUGUGGGGAAAUAG